AUGGCAACUGAAGACAACGAAAAGGCGGCUGAGUUCGCUAGCCAGCAGACCCUAGAGGAUAUCAAAGCUUACUCUGCACUCCUCGAGCACUGCGAUGUUCUCCUACCACCUGAGACGCAUGAGACGCCGGCAGCUACCGCCGCCGCGAAGCGGGCUCGCCAUAGUAUUAGGCGUCUACAGAGCAAAAUAAACAUACUCACACGCGAUCAGGAGAAUCUGUCUGUCUUCUACAAGGAUCCAAAGGACAAAAAGGGCGGACAGGUGGUGAUAGUCAACAGCCAGAACACGAGUCAUGCGAAACAAACCCACUCCGAUGAGUGGCAGGCGAGGCGCUCGCCAAUCGAAGUCUCCAUCCAGGCCAUCGGAAUCCCUUCUGACGCAUCUCACUCCAAGACGUCCGUCGGCUUGCUGGAUUUCCUUUUCAGGCGAUGCGGCGAACUCUCUACCGGCUCACACCGCAAUCCUUUCCACAUACCAUUCGUUGAGCACCUCGUCAUUGUGAGAGACUUGCUUCUCCAAUGCCACUCUGCACGGACGCGUUCGAACCUCGAUCUGGCGAGGUAUACAUUCGACACGUAUGUUGUAGCCAGCAGUCAUUCUCUGAUGUACAGACGACUGCAGAUUGGCCAGUCUUCCAGGGGUCGUGACUUUUACGACAUGAUGACCGUCGAGGCGACACUGCCCCAGUUUGAUGCGCAGGACAUUGCAAAUCUGGACGUAUUCAAGAGGGACCCGACGCAGCGUCAGGACUUGGAGUUCAGGAUGUUUGCUGCACGUUUUGAUAGGCCCGACUGGAUGGCCCGCAGUGCAGUGAACCCCGUGUACCAAAUCAAAAGUCGCAGGAUGAUACACGUCAUGCUCACCACGUAUCUCCAAGCCUUGGACAAAGCGUUCGGAGCGCUCCGAGGCUCUGUUGGGCUCUGUACAGGAACACAAAAGGACGCUACCGAAAUCAAAGCUUGUGUCGAAGCUACACGCGAUCGGAUGGUGGACCUGACAAGAUUUAUGAUGCUCUUUGAGGCGAUCCUCGUGGAGCACUUCAAAUGGCUGGACAAGUUCCGGACCAAGCUGGCGAAUACAGAACCACCGGUGCCAGCUACCUCUGCAAAGCAGAGUGGAUCGCCAGCAGCCACUCCCGGGGACAGCAACGAGCAUCAUGCCGAUGUUGACAGCGGCGAUGAUAUCAACUCAAACACAAUGACAGAAGCACAAGACCUCGAUCUCGUGACAAAAAGGGAGGGUUGGGCACAGGGAGCGAUCAAGUAUUUGAGACUCAUCUGCCUCCACACAUACUCUAUCUGCCAGGCAAUCAACUGGCAUCCUCGGGGCCAAAGUGCACGCGCGAAGCCAGAGAUACGUCUAUUAAAGGAGUCCACCUUUACAUUUGUUGACAUCCGUCAACACGCAUCUGGGCAGACCCGCAAGUCCUUCGCUGAAUGUGUGAGGGAAUGGUGCAAGCAAUCUCCCUUCCGCAGUGAGGAGAGGCUCACAAAAAUACUUACCAGACAACGCAGUGCAGACAACUCUGUCGAAGACAAUGACAUCCUCACCUCCACCGGAUUCUCUGGCAUAUACCAUGCUGCAAGCGUCCUGGCUAUAUUGGAAGCUCUAGUCAAGUCGCCCCAAUUCUCGGACCUCACGGAAGCCCGGCUUGAACAACACGGCAUCAAAGCCACCCGAUCAGACCUCGUCAGACUCUUCAAACGCCCAUUCGCCACAGACAAAAAGGGUAUAUGCAGGGCAUGCUGGACCGUCUGCCGGAACUUGACCUGUUCAAAAGAUCUCACACAUCGGCGCAGCACCAACUUCUUCGCACCGACGAGAGCUAUCGUACUACCACCCUUCACCCCCAAAGAAGUCGCCGAGACGUGCCUCAAAAGUAUCACAUCGAAACUGGAUGAUAAAUUGGAGUCGCUGGAAUGCAUCGCCUCGGUGAUCUACAGUGACAGCACACCCUGUCAACAAAUCGUGGACGUGGACGAGGGCCCUCCGGAUCGACCAGCAAUAGCUAUGGGAAUGGGCCCGAAGUUCCCGAACCUCCGACCUGAUGCUUAUCCACUAGUGAUACCAAAAGUCCCUAGGCAUCCCGAUCACAAACCCAGUCGGCUAAUCGAAAUCUCCGCAACGCACCCUGCGAUGUUGGACGUGUCGCCCGCAUGCACCUCAGAGCCAUCUUUGAAGCGACACCGUGAGGAUCACACGGAAGAGAAAGACAGAGUCAGAGUGGAAGAGCAAUCGGGUCAUAAUGACGGCGGUCUUGAUGUCGAUGACUGGCCAUUUUGUGGCGGCUGGAGUGAUGGAAUUGCACCAAACGAACCUCUUCCGACAAUCCUCAAUCCUGGUGUGGAGGUCGAUACGGGCGUGGUGCCGUGGGACGACUUGCAGAAGGACUGA